AUGAAACAAAGAAGGUAUUCUAAUUUCUUAGAUCAAGAUGAGGAGUUUGCUUAAUUCUAAUAUCACUCUUUAAUCUCGAAAAAUAACUCUUAAAAUUACUAAUCCAAAAAUAAUAGAAUUUCAGAAUUUUUAUAAAAAAAUCAUAACGAUCGAAAUCAAUAAGUAAAUAAGAUCAAUACAAAUAAUAAUAAUAUAGAAAAAGCUAAAAGUUUAAAAGAUCUUAAACGAUAAAAUUAAUUAUAUCAAAUAGGUUUAAAGUUCAAGAAGAUAACAAAGGAAAAUUUUAUAUUAAAUCAAAAACUAGUAGAAUUCAAAGAUAUUUUUGGGUAAUGCUGCACUUGUCUAAUAGGAAAUGAAGUUGAAUAUCCUUAAUUCUAAAAUAAUGAAGUUUACUAUCUCUCUGGAGUGCAAAUCAAGGAAUCUUUAAAACAAAAUAAAGAUUUCUAGAUUAUGAUACAGAAAGGUAAAAUCACAUAAUACCCUCCAGAUGAAUAAGUGUAGUAAACCAAACCUAUAGAAUAAGAACAAAAAGACAAUAAUCUAGAGAUCAACUCUUCUACUCAGAAUUAUUCAAUUAUCAAUCAAUUUUAAUAAAUUGAAUUCCCUUCACAAAACUCUACAAUAAAGACAUAUUUUAAUAUUUUAGCAAUUGUUAUUUAAUAAUUUGAUAAAAAAUAAAUCUGGAGUUAACAAAAGGGGCGAUUUUUUGAUUUUAUUAAAGUUGAGGUUAUGGAUUAAGAUGGAUAAUUAGACUCCAUUACAUUAUGGAAUACAUUUUUAGAACAUAAAUUCACUCCUUAUUAAAUUGUGUUUUUCUAGAAUAUAGAAUUAAAGACCACACCAGGAAGUUAAUAUCUUUAAACUAUUGACGGUAUAUCAAAAAUUACAACUGACGAUUCAUAAUUAUAAUUCUUACAUAACUUUUAUGAAGUAAAGGCUACUAUGACAAGGCAUCUAGAAGUUAUAAAAUUUAAGAAACUUAUAUCAUAUCGAGAAAUAUUGUAAUAAAAUCCUAAUUGA